AUGCCGUCAGUUAAAACAGAUCAGAAGCGAAAGCGCUCCACAGGCAAUGACCGUCCGAGCAAGAAGCCCGCUCUUCAAUCGCUGCCCCCGCUGGCUGCCAGCGUUAUUGAAGAUAAGAGCGAGCUGGCACCAGUGAUUGCCAACACUCCCGGUCUCUCAAGCGCGAAUAACCUCACAUGGAACCCAUACAUCAAAAGCCGCACCAAUGUCCCCAAAUCUGCGGCAGCAAACCGGAACCCGAGCAUUGUCUCGUCAGAAAUUCUGCUGCAGUCCUCAGACCAUGCUAAGAUGGACUUCGUCGGCCGUGAAGGCACAGGAGACGACGCCGACUCACAAUUGAAGCACUACGUCGCAAUCGUUGACCCAGAGAACAACACAUGGAAAAUGGUGGAGGUGCGACGGGCAACACUGCGAGGAGCAGUGCGAAGCCGUAAGGUUGAACCAGACUCUGAAGACGAAAUGGUAAAUUCAAUCUCUAGGAACCUCAUCUAUAAACAGAAGACUGACAAGCAACAGACCAUGCGUGCCCAGCGUACAGCUCUCACCAACACCUUCGGCACAAAACAGUCUCGCAAGGCCGUGCAAUCCAUGGCCGAAAACGCCCAGCUCUCCAACGCCCCCGUCGGCACCGUCUCCCAAGCAGGCGCAGCCCUCCUCGCCUCAAUGCCGACAAACACCACCUCCGGCAGAGCAAAGGAAACCGCCGUACAAGCAGAAGUACAAGCAGCCAAGCCCCUCCCAACCCCCAACCUCACUGCCUCGCACCCCUCGGACGUGUACACAAUCGAAUCCCUCGUACCAGGCAGCCACGCAACGCUCAGCGCGCUCAACGGCGUCGAAGAAUGGAAGUCCCAAGUGGAAGCCGGUCUAGGCGUGACGACGGUCUCGCGCUACGUCUCGAACCGCGUCGGCCCAGUCGUCCACUCCGACAACAUCACCCACCUCCAAGUCCUGCGCUUCAUCCAGCUGCUCAUCGAAUUCGGCCGCUCGCUGAAAAGCAUGGGCGCCAACGCCCGCGGCGGCGGACCAGGCUCCAAACGUCUUCCUCCCCGCGAGGACCUGCGCCGCAUCCUCUCCAACACAACCGGCUCAAGCUCAACCGGCAAGGCCGCCGUUGCCGAGACCAACUCUGCAGACCUCCUGCCGGAGUCUGUAGUCGACGCCGUGCGCCGCCGCUUCGCGCCCAACGGCGGCUUCGUCUCCAAGCUCGACUUCACCCUCCUGCAGACCACCAUCUGUGCAUUGUCACUGCAUAUCCCGCCUCAGCCUGCGCGGGACGGCGGAUCCAGCUCGCUGGGCGGUAAUGCGCCCAAUGAGCUUGCGACCGAUCCUUCGGAUCUGCGUGAUGAUCUGCGUCUGGACCCGACUACCAUCACGCACUACUUCAAGGAGCUGGGUUGUCGCGUGGACAAGCCGCGGGAGACGGAGUUCGCCAAGUGGAAUAUCAAGGGUGGGCGGGCUGAGGCUAAUGCUCGUCGCGUUGCGAGACUUCGUAUUCCGGUUGAGUUCCCUAAGGUUAGCCGUGGUGGGCGUAGGUAG